AAUUGACGCUAGAGAGCACUGCUUUACAAAAAUAACGUCAAAAGUAACUAAAAACAUUCCACUGUAAAAUCUCAAAAUUUCGUAUAUAAUAAUACUCAGAAAAGAUGAAUAAGGUAACGGAAGUGUUAUUAAAACCUCUACAAAAAUCUAUCUAUUUAAAACCAUUCACGAUGUAUUACACACAAAAUGGAAAAGAAAAAACUUGGGAUUUAUUAACCGUGCAUGAUAGUGUAGCGAUAAUAUUAUACAACGUAACAAGGAAUGUGUUAAUUUUCGUUAAGCAAUUUCGACCAGCCGUUUAUCUGGGUGGAAUACCGGAAAAAGAACGAACGAAUACAAUCGAUACAACAAAAUAUCCCCCGGAAACAGGGAUUACUUUGGAAUUAUGUGCUGGAAUUGUGGAUAAAAAUAUGACAUUGGAAGAAAUUGCUGCGGAGGAAGUUUUAGAAGAAUGUGGAUAUAAAGUCGAAGCGAAUUCCAUGAAAAAAGUUGCUUCUUAUCGAUCGGGAGUAGGAACAUCAGGAAGUAUUCAAACUUCUUAUUAUUGCGAAGUUACAGAUGAUAUGAAAGUGACACAGGGUGGUGGAGUCGAAGAUGAAAUUAUAGAAGUUGUCGAGAUGACUGUGCAAGAAGUUGAGAAGUAUAUGAAUCAAGAUCAUGUUUUGAGUCCACCCAGUUUUUUAUUUAAUAUUUCGUGGUUUCUACAAAAUAAAGUGUAUAAAUACAAAUUGUAAAUAAAUCAGAAUUAGUCGUUGAUUUUAUUAAGGAAUUUAUUUAUAUUUUAGGAAUUCAUUUACAUUAAAACUGGCAUAUUUAUAGA